AUGUUGGGUCCUGAUGAACAAAGUUUGGUUGUGGUGUCUGAGGGCGACGACACUCGAGGCUCAGCUGGUGGCCAAGGAGGAGCUGACACUCACUCGGUAAAGGAUCUGCUUGAGUCACACUUAAGUCGAGGAGGAGCUAAGGUAUCAGAACGUCGGGAGGAGCAGAGACGAGGACGAGGUGAGCGUGAGGACCCCAGCAGUGUGAGGACUCCAAAAGAAACACACCUAUCAGAGACACAACCAUCUGAACACACCUAUCAGAACACAACCAUCAGAACACAACCAUCAGAACACAACCAUCAGAGACAUGCUUCAUCAGAACACAAUCUACUGGGAAUGACAGUCAUGCCCAGAAAUGUUGUGCCAUCAGAACACAGCCUGGAACAGACCUAUCAGAGACAAACUGUCACAGAACAUACCUUAUCAGAGAUAAUAACCAAAUAUCAGAACACAACCAUCAGAACACAACCAUCAGAACACAACCAUCAGAACACAACCAUCACAGGAACAGUCAACCCAAUAGGACAAGAGGCUGGUAACCUUCAGCCAAUAGGACAAGAGGCUGGUAACCUUCAGCCAAUAGGACAAGAGGCUGGUAACCUUCAGCCAAUAGGACAAGAGGCUGGUAACCUUCAGCCAAUAGGACAAGAGGCUGGUAACCUUCAGCCAAUAGGACAAGAGGCUAGUAACCUUCAGCCAAUAGGACGAGAGACAAAUCGUAAGAGAAGGAUUUCUAUUGGCUUUAGAAGAUGA